AUGGAAGGGCAGGAUGAACAAGAUCCAGCUACUAGUAUUCGGAUGGACCCGUUACUGCAUGAUCGAGACCCAUGGAUGGAAGUCAACCAGCUGUUUGACUCUCCUUCAAUGAACGCAGGAAAACAUUCAGCGAUGGAGAGGGUUGAAGUAGAUGACAGUGUAUCUCAAGUAUCAAGCAAAUCAACAUCACAUUCCAGGAAAUUUUUGAUGGAAACAGCCAUGAAGAGAGCAGAAUUGCAAGCAAAGUUGAAGAGUUUAAAAAGGAAACAGGAGCUCGAGAAAGAAGAGCAGGACUUAAUUAGAAGAAAGGAGCAACUUGCUGUUGAGACUGAAUUAGCUGCAGCUACAGCCCAAGCAGCAGCAUUACAGCAGUUCGACGAUACGGUAGCUUUUCACCAGCCACCUGCAUUACCAACCUUUGCUCAUGUAACACGUGAAAGUGAUAGGAACCAAACAAGUCACAAAGUCAAGAAUGCAGAUUGCUCAGAAGAGAGUUCAACGCAAGGACGCAAGAACCGAGAACAUUUGCAAGAUGUACGAGUAAGUGGAACAAAUUCUGAUAGUGAUGUUGAUUGGGUAGAGCUGCAGCGACAACAAACCCAACUUACGUACAUGCUCUUAGAAUGUCAUAUGAAGUCCGCCUUACCGCAAAGGAACAUUCAGCCUUUCGACGGGAAUCCCCUGAACUACCACGCCUUUAAGAGGGCUUUUCAGCAUGUAAUAGAGUCCAAGACAUCGGAGGACUCUGACAAACUAUAUUAUUUGGAACAAUAUACUAGGGGAAAGGCGAAUGAGAUGGUCAGAAGCUGCAUGUAUGGAGGUGAUUCCAAGGCAGCAUUCAACAAGGCAACAAUGCUGCUAGAAAGCAAGUUUGGCGAUAAGCAUCAUGUUCUGGACUCUAUGAUCAUCAAGGCAAUGGCAUGGCCAAACAUUAGAGGUGAGGAUCCGGAGGGCCUGCUUAGUUAUUCAUUGUUUGUGACUGAGCUAGGCAAUUUGGCUAAGGACCUACACCUUCAACAGGAGAUUGACCACGCACAACACUUGAAGAUGGUCAUAUCAAAGCUGCCGUUCAGGCUGAGAGAUAGAUGGAGGAGCUAUGUCGACGGCAUACUCCAGAAUCGGGACGAGCCACUCUCAUUCAAAGACGUGGUUAGUUUCAUUAGUAAACAGGCCCGGAUAAUCAACAACCCUAUCUAUGGCAAUAUUGUAGGACCUGCCAGAGCUGGAGAAACGCAGACAAAGACAAAACCCUUUCCAGGGAAGAAACAGGGCUUCAGCUCCAGCAUGAAGAAGAGCGAGGAAGCGAAGUGUUUGUAUUGUGACAUGGAAAAUCACCUUACAGCAGAAUGCAAGGCCCUAGGAAAGAAACCUCAUGAGGAGAAACUUGCAUUUUGCAAAUCCAAAGGACUGUGCUUUGCCUGCCUUCAAUCUUCACAUCUUGCCAGGGACUGUAAACAGAGGACGACCUGCAAGAUUUGUCAAAGGUUACACCCCACCCUUCUUCAUAGAGAUUGGGCACCAUCGAAACAAGUGAAAAGGAAUGGUGAAUCAGAGAAACAACGUACUAAUGACGACGUUGGAGCUAAUAGGAAGAAGGAGCCAAGCUUGGAAGGACAAACAGAAGGAGAAGAAAUUGGAAAUGAAAAUUUCCCAGACGUAAAGCGCACGUUAUCCAACCGCACUUCUAUGCAGGACUCCCAACCGGCCAUUGUGCCUGUGACUGUACGCUCAAAGCAGACAGGGAAAUGUGUACACACAUACGCAUUCAUUGACAACGGGAGUAACGCAACUUUCUGCACAGAAGAGUUAAAAAACAAACUAAAUGCCAGAGGAAGAACGCGCACUAUCCAGCUUCAAACAUUAACAGAUGAUAAGCUGGUCAAGACCUGCAUACUGCAAGACCUGGAGGUAGCUGAUGUGAAUGAGAACACAUAUAUACCACUUUCUGACGUCUACAUACAGCCCAUCCCUGUAGACAAGUCAGACAUACUGAGAAGGAAUGACAUUGCAAGAUGGCCCUACUUACAAGAAAUAAACUUGCCGGAGAUCAAUGCAGACGUGGGCAUCCUCAUUGGCAAUAACGUCCCUAAAGCAAUGGAACCACUGCAGGUUAUCAAUAGUCAGAACGACGGACCAUUCGCUUGCAAAUCUAUCAUAGGGUGGAUGGUUUUUGGAAGCUGCAAGCAAGAGAGAAGUGGGUCCAAGAUAGCCUCCCACAGAGUCCACGUGAUGGAAGAUAUUCAGCAACAGCUAAAUAAUCUCUACAACACUGAGUUUUCAGAACGCUUGAUGGAAGAUAAAGUCGAAGAAUCCAAAGAGGAUAAACGAUUUAUGGAAAAGGUUGAAGGAUCCAUCAAGCUAACACAAGGGCAUUACCAAAUCGGACUGCCAUUCAAGGGAGACGUCGACCUGCCCAACAACAGGCCCAUGGCAGAGCAGAGACUCAACCACCUGCAGAGGAAGUUCGCUAGACAGCCGCAGUUCCAUAGGGAGUAUGCAGGGUUUAUGGAUAAGGUGCUGAACAAACAGUACGCUGAAAGAGUACCAGAAGACGAGUUCCUUAGAGAAGAUGGAAAGAUGUGGUUUAUUCCUCACCACGGUGUAUAUCACCCACAGAAGCAAAAAAUUAGAGUGGUGUAUGACUGUGCAGCUUCUUUCAAGGGCAAGUCACUGAAUGACAAUCUUCUACAGGGGCCGGACCUCACAAAUAGUUUGGUGGGUGUAUUAACAAGGUUUCGUCAAGACCGCAUAGCAGUAAUGGCAGACAUAGAAGCCAUGUUCUCACAAGUGAAACUGCUAAAGGAAGAAAAGGAUCUACAUCGAUUUCUGUGGUGGCCAGAUGGCAAUGUCGCUCAACCUAUUGAGGAAUACCGCAUGACUGUUCAUGUGUUUGGGGCUAGAUCUUCACCAGCUUGUGCCAAUUAUGCCCUGAAGCGCACAGCAGAAGACUUUGCAGAGGACAAGGUGGCACAUAUCAUCAAGCGCAACUUUUAUGUUGACGAUUGUUUGUACUCAAGCUCAACAGUCCAGGAAGCUGCAGAGCUAUCAGAGGGCCUACAAGAAGCCUGUAAGAAAGGAGGGUUCCACCUCACAAAAUGGGUGAGCAAUGACAGAAGAGUAUUGAAUGCCAUACCCAAGGAGGAGAGAGCAAGUACAGUGCAGGAGCUAGACUUUGACAAGGACAAGUUGCCAACAGAGAGGGCACUUGGCAUGCUGUGGCAUACAGAUGAAGAUGUUUUCAGUUUCAAGAUUCAGCUGAAAGACAAGCCAGCCACAAGGAGGGGUAUCUUGUCAACAGUGUGCUCCCUGUUCGAUCCACUAGGAUGUGCUUCCCCAGUGCUACUCCCUGCAAAGCACUUACUUCAGACCCUCUGCCGACUAGGAUUAGGAUGGGACGAGACGAUUCCACCAGACCUGCUGAAAAAAUGGGAAACAUGGAAAAGAGAACUCCCAAGACUGUCAGACUUUAAACUUUCCAGGUGUUUGAAGCCAGAGGGGUAUGAAAACCCAAAGUCUGUGACACUGCACCAUUUUGCAGAUGCAAGUGAGAAGGGAUAUGGAACGUACAGUGUCAUACUUGCGAAUGGUGAAUACCAGGGAUGA